CCCAAAAAAGCCUCAAACACACGUUCAUCACCACAACAAUUAACCAAUUAAUUAGAUAGGCUUUAUCAUCAUGAUGCAAAGCAUGAAAAUGGUCUUCAUGACCCUCACCCUGGUGGUGUUGACACUCAACACAAAAAGAGCAGAAGGUGCUCGUGCUUUCUUUGUGUUCGGUGACUCACUCGUUGACAGUGGCAACAACAAUUACUUGCCAACCACGGCACGUGCCGACUCUCCCCCUUACGGCAUCGACUAUCCCACCCAUCGCCCCACCGGUCGCUUUUCCAAUGGCUUUAACCUCCCUGACCUUAUUAGCCAGCAUAUUGGGUCUGAACCAACGUUGCCAUACUUGAGCCCUGAGCUGACGGGACAAAAGCUCUUGGUUGGGGCGAAUUUCGCUUCGGCAGGGAUAGGAAUCCUUAAUGACACGGGCAUCCAAUUUGUGGCGAUCUUAAGAAUGUUCCAGCAGUUUGCGUUGUUCGAGCAGUACCAACAACGGUUGAGUGCACAAGUAGGUGCAGCGCAAGCAAAGCGAAUAGUGAAUGGGGCAUUGGUGUUGAUGACGCUUGGUGGCAACGACUUCGUUAACAACUAUUUUGUGACUCCUGUAACAGUCAGGUCUCGCCAAUUCACUGUACCUCAGUUUUCUCGUUACCUUAUCUCUGAGUAUCAAAAAAUUCUCAUGAGGUUAUAUGAGUUGGGAGCAAGAAGGGUGCUUGUGACAGGAACUGGCCCAAUGGGUUGUGUUCCUUCUCAACUUGCUACAAGGAGUAGAAAUGGAGAGUGUGUGCCUCAGUUGCAACAGGCUGCACAAAUUUUCAACCCACUUCUGGUCCAAAUGACUAGAGAAAUCAACUCCCAAGUGGGUUCAGACGUUUUUGUUGCUGUCAAUGCCUUCCAAAUGAACAUGAAUUUCAUCACCAACCCCGAAAGAUUUGGUUUUGUUACAUCAAAGGUUGCAUGUUGCGGUCAAGGUCGUUUCAAUGGGUUGGGACUAUGCACAACUUUGUCAAAUCUAUGCCCAAACCGUAAUAUCUAUGCGUUUUGGGACGCUUAUCACCCAACUGAACGUGCUUUGGGAUUCAUCGUUCGGGACAUUUUUAGUGGAACUUCUGAUUAUAUGACUCCUAUGAACCUCAGCACCAUCAUGGCCAUUGAUUCCAACCUUUAUUAAUAUCAUUUUAAUGAGUGUGAGUCCCAAAUAGAGAGGGCAAAAGCUUCGUUACCAU